CCGGACCCUCCCUCCUCCCACCACGUGUCCUCCCCGCUCCCUCCCGAGGGGCCGCGCGCACGGGAGGACGGAGAGGCGGAAAGGAUGGCGCUGUGACAGCCGGGCCGGAGCCCUCGCGUCCCCACCCCGCGCCCUGGCCGCUGGGCCCGGCGGUGAGUGCGCGCGGGCGGGGGCGGCGGCGGCGCGGCCCCUCCCCCGGGUCCCGGGCGGCUGGGCCGCGGCGGGGGCGGGAGCGCCGAGGCUGCGCCGCCGCCGCCGCCGCCUUUGUUGCGGGCCCGCCGGGGAGGCGGGCGGCGCCGGCUUUCGCCGCCCGGCAGAGAUGGAGUCCACAGCCUACCCUCUCAAUUUGACCCUGAAAGAAGAGGAAGAGGAAGAAGAGAUUCAGAGCCGGGAACUAGAGGACAGCCCGGCAGACAUGCAGAAAGUACGAAUCUGCUCUGAGGGUGGAUGGGUACCAGCCCUAUUUGAUGAGGUGGCCAUAUAUUUUUCCGAUGAGGAGUGGGAAGUUUUGACGGAGCAACAAAAGGCCCUCUACCGGGAAGUCAUGAGGAUGAAUUAUGAAACUGUCCUGUCCCUGGAAUUCCCAUUCCCUAAGCCAGACAUGAUCACCCGUUUGGAAGGGGAGGAGGAGUCUCAGAAUUCUGACGAGUGGCAGCUCCAAGGAGGCACCUCUGCAGAAAAUGAAGAAUCUGAUGUAAAGCCUCCAGACUGGCCAAACCCAAUGAAUGCUACCUCCCAGUUUCCUCAGCCUCAGCACUUUGACAGCUUUGGCCUCCGUCUGCCUCGGGAUAUCACAGAGCUGCCCGAGUGGACUGAGGGGUACCCCUUCUACAUGGCCAUGGGCUUCCCAGGGUAUGACCUCUCGGCUGAUGACAUAGCUGGGAAGUUUCAGUUCAGCCGGGGCAUGCGCCGCAGUUAUGACGCAGGGUUCAAGCUGAUGGUGGUGGAAUACGCUGAGAGCACCAACAACUGCCAGGCUGCCAAGCAGUUUGGAGUAUUGGAAAAAAACGUUCGAGACUGGCGCAAAGUGAAGCCACAGCUUCAAAACGCCCACGCCAUGCGGCGGGCAUUCCGAGGCCCCAAGAAUGGGAGGUUUGCUCUGGUGGACCAGCGUGUGGCCGAAUAUGUCAGAUACAUGCAGGCCAAAGGGGACCCCAUCACCCGGGAGGCGAUGCAGCUGAAAGCUCUCGAAAUCGCCCAGGAAAUGAACAUUCCAGAGAAAGGGUUCAAGGCAAGCUUGGGUUGGUGUCGAAGAAUGAUGAGAAGGUAUGACCUGUCUCUGAGGCAUAAAGUGCCCGUGCCCCAGCACCUGCCAGAAGACCUGACUGAGAAACUCGUCACUUACCAGCGCAGUGUCCUGGCUCUGCGCAGGGCGCAUGACUAUGAGAUAGCUCAGAUGGGGAAUGCAGAUGAGACGCCCAUUUGUUUAGAGGUGCCGUCACGGGUAACUGUUGAUAACCAGGGCGAAAAGCCUGUCUUGGUCAAGACACCAGGCAGGGAAAAACUGAAAAUCACAGCAAUGCUUGGUGUCUUGGCUGAUGGGAGGAAGUUACCACCGUACAUCAUUUUGAGGGGAACGUAUAUCCCCCCGGGGAAGUUUCCCAGUGGGAUGGAAAUCCGCUGCCACCGGUAUGGGUGGAUGACUGAAGACUUGAUGCAGGACUGGUUGGAAGUGGUGUGGAGACGGAGGACAGGAGCAGUGCCCAAGCAGCGAGGGAUGCUGAUCUUGAAUGGCUUCCGGGGCCAUGCCACAGAUUCCGUGAAGAACUCCAUGGAAAGCAUGAACACUGACAUGGUGAUCAUCCCAGGGGGUCUGACCUCACAGCUUCAGGUGCUGGAUGUUGUGGUCUACAAGCCACUGAAUGACAGUGUGCGGGCCCAGUACUCCAACUGGCUUCUGGCUGGGAACCUGGCGCUGAGCCCAACUGGGAAUGCUAAGAAGCCACCCCUGGGCCUCUUUCUGGAGUGGGUCAUGGUCGCAUGGAAUAGCAUCUCAAGUGAGUCCAUCGUCCAAGGGUUCAAGAAGUGCCAUAUCUCCAGCAACUUGGAGGAAGAAGACGAUGUCCUGUGGGAAAUCGAGAGUGAGUUGCCAGGAGGAGGAGAACCACCCAAAGAAUGUGACACCGAAAGCAUGGCUGAGGGCAACUGAAGGGAAAGGGAAAGCAAAUGGAACUCUGAUUUAAACACCUGGGGAGGAAAUUCCUCAAGAUGAUUAUUCCUGAAAGUGUGGAUGCGCUGGAUGCGCAGGGAACAUCAGGAAAAGGCCACGGGGCUCUGAACAGCCCGGGUCCAGACAGCAGCCUGUACAUCCAUCCCAGGACACAGCCCAGCCCCUCCCCACACCAUACAAGGUAUCAGAAAAGUCUAGGACCUAUCAUUUCAUCAGAAACAUGAUCAGAAAAGAAACUGCUUCUGCCCCAUUUCUUGUUUUGGAGAUUACUCCAUCUGUCCAUCAAAAGAAACCUGUAAAUAUGAACGAACAAAGGUUCUUUCCUGGAGAAAAGACAAUUUGUUCAACACCAACAAGGGACUCAUCAUAUGGGCACAACUCUGGUGUCCUUCUGUGGAGAAAACCUCAAGUAAAGUUUUAUUCUGCCUUUGAAAAUGCUUCCAAAAGUAGACCCUGUCCCCACACAGGUCAAGACUACAGAGAAGGCUUUGUAGAAAUGUGUUACCUAUGUACGCCUGCUACUUACACAUUUCCUCUUUUGGAAAAAUGAGAUACUUAGAAUAACAAGAAAAUUAAGACAUACUGGCCUGGUGCCAGCAGAUGGCUUUUCUAUAGACAAACUAGGUUAGUGUGGAAGACAUAGGUUAAAAUAAACUAUGCUGUUUUAUUUAUCUUCCCAACCUGAUUGGCAGCUAGACUUUUUUAGGGUCUCAUUUAAUGGCCCUGUUUUUUUCAUUGUUAUAUUUAAUGAAUAGGGCAGGAUUUCGUAUGCAAGCUCUUGUUUCUCAGGCUGCCUGCAGAAGAAGUCGCUAUAAAUUAUCUGUUGUCUACAUGGUACAAGGCCCACUGACUCAUCUGAUGCUUGUUUUGUUAAUUUCUUUAAUAUUUUUAUCACAGGGGCAGUGGGAGGGCUUGGGCUUUUAGCCACAGCUGUUUUAAGACUUCUGAUCUCCUGCCCUGCAGGAAUAAGUGGGAGGUCACUGAAUUUUUACACUAUAGUAAUUUGCAUUCCCACAUAAGUUUGAGUUUACGAAAACAUUCCUUUAAAGCGAUCUGUGCUACAAAAAAUAUGCCAGGACCUCACAGACAAAGCCAUUGCUAGAAAUGUCAUUCCAAUGAUCAAAUCUGGAAACAGGCUGCCAUAACCACUUUUUCCUUCCUGUAGACUCAGCUCACCUGUAUAUUAAACUGUUCUUGGCAUCUUGAAACACCUAUUUCUACUCAGGUACUCAUUAUCCUGUUACUGAUUCACCUUUCUGAUCCUUUUAAACCAGUUUUCCCCUAAGGGGGGAAAUUUUACUUAACCUCUAGUAUCUGAACAACUGUCAAUAUUUGAAUUGUUGCCCCAUUUGCUUUUACCUGUACUGUAUUCUUGGUCAUCUCAAAUGGCGUCUAAACCCAGCUACUUUGCAUUCCAGAAGUUUCCAUUCCCUCCAAUUCCACCUAAUUUUUCAUCUGUCCUAGUUACUGGCUCUUUCUUCAUGUCUUAUUUCUCUUGCUUUGGGAGCUUAAAAGAUUUUACAAGACCUAAGUUUGGGUUUCUUCCUUGGAGCCAUAGUUACCCUGCCAAGAAGAGUAGAAAAUGGGUUCAACUCCUGUUUCGCUCCACCAACACCUCCGUGAGUCUCAUCAUCAGCUAAGCGAUGAUGCCUUACAGGUUGCAUAGCACUGGAACUUUCCUAGAGUAACGGCUCUGCUGCCAGGGUUUCUCUGGGCUCAUUCUUCCACUGACUUAAUUAUGAUCUAUGCCUAACAGAGCCCCAGUACAACUAUUUUGCAGAAUGGCUGUUACCCUAGAAUUACUAUAGCACAUAUUGAGAUACAGUUGUACUCCCUAGUAGAUAGGAACUGACCCCAUCAAUAAACUUUGAUAAUGAAGACAA